ACUACAAGCCCCGCCCCGUGUUCUGUCAGCUCUCGGGUUGCAGCCAUGGCGGAUGAGAUCAGCAAAGCGCAGGCAGCCAGUCCUGGCGGGGAAACCAUAUUCGCUAAAAUAAUUCGUAAGGAAAUCCCGGCCAACGUCUUCUAUGAGGAUGAUCAAUGUAUCGCUUUCCACGAUAUCUCGCCACAAGCGCCAACGCAUUUCCUAGUGGUGCCCAAGAAGGCCAUUAGCCGCCUUUCAGAAGCGAAUGCUGCUGAUGAAGCUCUUCUAGGACAUCUGAUGAUCGUUGGCAAAAAAUGUGCAAUUGAUCUGGGCCUAACAAAUGGCUACCGCCUUGUUGUAAAUGAGGGACCAGAUGGCGGCCAGUCUGUGUACCACCUUCACCUGCAUGUUCUUGGAGGACGUCAGCUGGGCUGGCCUCCAGGCUAAUGGCCAUUUGUGUACGACACACAAACAGAGCGGUCUCAGUCUGUCCAGUCCGAUGAUAUGCAUUCUCUUAAUGUCGGCUCCAAUAAGUAGUAAUUUGUGUAGACAAGGCAUGCAACGAAUAAACUGGACAUGGAAUGAA